UAUUUUAUCUGAAAAAAUAAACAAAGAUCAAAUCCUAUGCUUUUAGAGUUAUACGGCACCUGUAUAUAAGAUGUUUAAGUUACAGAAUUUUAUUACAUUAAGUUUAGAAUUAUAAUUUUAUUAUUAAAUAUUGUGGAAUCUAAACAUUUUAACCAACUUUUUACUGUAAUUACUGCCUAGACAUAUCUAAUAACAAUAUUAAUUGCCAAAGUAUUGUGCAACAAACACAGUUUAGUAAUACAGGUUACCAAGUAAUAUCUUGAUAUCCUUGAAACAAUUGCGGUGUUCUGCCCGAUUGACAAUUUAUCUACAAGUUAAUUAUACUUAUCGUUGUCGGAAAAUUACCGAGAAUUCUAGAUUUUUAUCUUAUAAUUUCACGCAAUUUUCCAAUCUCGCCACAUCCUAUCCGGGUCCGUAUUCGCAAUCAAAGACCAAGAAAGAUCAAUCAGAAGUUAACCAAUAAACGUUCGCGUACGUAAAGUAAAAUAAAUUGGAAAUUGAAGGUCGAUGGAAGCAAUCUCUCCACGUAAUCUUGACAGACUUAAAUGGGUCUGUUGGAAGUUGAUAAUGAUUACUGAGACUUGAAUUGUCUUCCAAGAAUUCAAACAAUACGCUUCUGCUGAAUAUUACUCGAAAUUACUCAUUAAAUAGGUCGAGAUUUUCUAAGUUGUAUCAUUAAGAAAACACAAUUCGUCACUAAAAAAAGCAGCUACAAUAAAUUUUGUGAUGAAGAUAUAUUUGAUACUCCUAAUUGGUGUCGCUUUAAUAGCGAUUUCUUCCGCUCAAAAAAAGAGCGAGUGCCAGGAACACAGAGAAAAGGCGAGUAAGAGUUCUGCACCGGUUAAAGUAGUGCCCAUUUGCGAAUCGAAUGGUGAUUACGCGGCUUUACAAUGUCACAACGAAGGAAAGUUCUGUUCCUGUUGGCGCAAAGACGGCACACCCAUAACUCAACCCUCUACAAAAAUUAAAUCUUGCGUUUGCCACCGCGAUAGAGACGACAAAUUGAAAAACUCUAAAGGUGCCACUGUGCCAGAAUGUAGCGAAGAUGGCAAAUUUAAGAAAAAGCAAUGUUCCGGUUCCUCCGGCCAGUGUUGGUGUGUCGAUCCAGAAACGGGAAUAAAAAAUAAACGAAAUGUCAACAAUUGCUAAUUACGAAAAGUUUUCAACUUUCAUUUCUUUGUUGUAUUGUAGAUUUAAUAAAUAAAAGUAGCGAUUAACGAACCUUAUUAA